AUGUCUCAAGUCACCCCCGCCGACGAGAAGGCCAACACGGCGCACGUCGAGUCCGUCGCCACCCCCCGCGAAGACGACGGCGUCAUCAUCCAAAAGGCCACGCAGUACCACGACGCGCAGCUCAAGUCGGACCACGACAUGCUCGGGACGUGGGACGCCGUCAAGAAGUUCCGGCGGGUGACGCUGAUCUGUGCGAUUGCGGGGUUCGCGGCGGCCACAGACGGCUACCAGCACCAGAUGGUCGCGUCCAUCGUGGCCAACAAGGGCUUUAUCCGGCAGUUCGCCGCGGCCGGCCAGGCCAAGAUCAACCCGUCGUGGGUGUCGUCCUUUGGCGGCAUCUACUCUGCCGGCCAAGUGAUUGGGCAGUUUUCCAUCCAGUUCGUCGCGGACGGGUUUGGGCGCAAGAUGGCCAUGUACACUUUUAUUGUGGGGCUGAUCAUCGCCGCGAUCGUCGAGUGCGUGUCCACCGUCUGGUGGCACUGGACCAUCGCCAAGCUCAUCGGCGGCAUCGCCGUCGGCUCGGUGCAGGCCACGCUUCCAGUGUACAUCAACGAGCUUGCGCCGGCCCAGAUCCGCGGGUUCCUCGUGGUCACGUACAGCAUGUGGUUCUCGUUUGGCACGCUCUGCGCAAGCCUGGCACUCAAGGCGCGCGCCGACACGAACCCGAUGGACUGGAAGACGAUGAUCUACAGCCAGUUCGGGAUGAUCGGCCUUGGCUUCCUGCUCGUAGUGUUCUUGCCCGAGUCGCCGUGGUGGCUCGUCCGCAAGGGCAAGGUCGAGCGCGCGCGCGCCAUGCUCGAGAAGAACUUUAAGGGCGUGGCCGGGUACGACGUCGACGCCGAGGUGUCCAUCAUCGCUGCCACCAUCAAGGUCCAACACCAGUGGGACGUCGCCGCCAAGGCCGAGGGCCCGUUCGCCAUGCUGCAGGGCCUCAACCUCAAGCGGUUUUUGAUCGGCUCGUGGCCCAAGGUCCUGCAGCAGUUUGUCGGCCUCGCAAUCUUCGGCUCGUACUCGGCCUACUUCUUCCAGCUCGCGGGCAACAAGGACCCGUUUCUUGUUACCGUGAUCAUGGGGUGCCUGUCCAUCGCGGCCGUGUUUAUCGACUCGCUGCUCGUCGACAAGAUUGGCCGGCGCAGGAUGACGCUCAUCGGGUUCACGGGCGCGUGUACCGGCAUGGUAUUGAUGGCGAUUGUCGGCUGUCUCGACUAUGCGCGCCCGAGCCUCGGCGCGCUGCUCGUGUUCGCGGGCUGCCUGGCAAACUUCUUCAACACGUUCCAGUCGUCCACGUCGUACGCGUACCUCACUGAGAUGCCCGAGCUGCGCUUCAAGGCCCGCGCGACAGGCUGGGGACUGGCGUACUGCAACCUCUACGCGAUUCUCAUCAACUUUACCGUCCCGCUCAUGAUCCAGGCGUGGAAGGUCAAGUCGGCCUUCUUCUUCGUCUGCCUCGGCAUCCCCGGCACAGUGGUCGCGUACUUCAUCAUGCCCGAGUCGAUGGGCCGCAGCCCCGCCGAGAUCCAGGAGAUGUUCGUCGACCGCGUCCCGCUGCGCAAGUGGAAGGGGUACAAGACUGAUGUGGAGAAAGACCUCGAGGCGAGGAUGGGGCAGGGUGAGGAGUAG